UGGCGGAUCCCGCCACUUGAUCAAUGCGAGACUUACCGGCAGGACUUCCGAAAUGGCGUCUCACGGGGAACGUUCCUCUCCCUCUCUUGAGUCUCACCUCGUCAAGGAGCUCCGUACCGUUCCUGCCUGUAGGACCAUUGUUGGCUACUAUGAUGCCGUCAAGACGUCCAAUAGGUUUCUGGAGAUGGGACUGACCUACGUUGAGACGGGGGUGUGCACGGUCAUGGGGAAUAUGACGAAAAACCUCUGGGCGGGGUCCACCUUUGAUCGGUUAGCGGGGGACGGGAUAGAGAAGCUCAAAGUCAGAUUUCCUAUUCUGGAGAAACCCACGAAAAAGCUCGUGAAAAAGACCAAGCAUAAGACCAUGAAAAAGGUGAAGAAUGGUGCGACUACCAUGUUCAGCUCGCAUUUUGGCAGGAUGUUUACAGUCGGCCUCGAGAAAGCGGUAACCAUGACGGAGAAUCUCCUGGUCGACCUACAGCCGCCCGGACGCAUUUCACCAAGGAAGCAGGACGAACAGAAGAAUGGACUAAAGUCGGAGAAAACUGUUCAGACAGAAGAAGAGAGAAAAGUGACUAUGGUAUCUUGUAAGGAACAACAGACCGAGCUAAGUGGACCAGACAUGAUCAAACAAAAAAUGGACGCCAUGGCUGAGGUGGCACCUUGGUCCCGACUACAAAUAGUUCUGAUGGAAGUUGCGCUGUUUCCACUGGAGUUAAUGGUUGAGUUUUUGAAAGCUAUCCUUGGCUUCCUGCCCCGUUCGACAAAGACCCUGCCAAGCCGGAAGUCGACUCGUAAUGUGAAAACAACAGUUAUCUCCCCCGAGAAAAAGAUUGAGAUCGAAUUGAGGCGAAAGGUCUCUCCUAAAAAGCGCAUCCAGUCGUCGUUGCUAGGAAACCUAAAGAAAGUGACGUGCCGGGUGCUAGGUCUGGAAACAACAUCAAAAAAGCAAAGCGACAUCCGGGACUUCAUUAAAUGCAGUAAACAUCGGGGACUUAACCUUGACCCCGUUGUGGAGGGUGACGAAUCAGAGAAGAAGAGGAAACACCACGAUAUGUCUGACGAGUCGGAGUCUACGGACGAGGACUUGAUGUACAUGGACCUACAUGACUACCAGUCUGAUGAAGACCCAGACUAUGAGCCGACAGACAGCAGCAUCAGUGACGUCAGUAUAGAAUCUGAGGAGGGGGACAGUGAGGGAGACCUGGAGACGGAGAAAAUGAACAAUGAGAUGUACCAACUAAAGGACAAGCCGGAAUCCAAGCAGGGACAACUUUCGCAGAAACAGGACCCGAAAGGACAAGCCGAUUCCAAGGCGCCCAAACAGGACCCGAAAGGACCAGCCGAUCCCAAGGCGGCCAAACAGGACGACAAAGCUCCACAUAAACAGGACCCAAAGAUCCAAGCAUCGCCAAAAGCCGACCAAAAGUCUCAAGCUUUAAUCAAACAAGACCAGAAGACACAGAAAUCGCCCAGUAAGGACCCAAAGACACCCACUGGUGGACCGUCUGUGGAAGACAAGAACAAGAAUGUUUGUAAACAACUUCAGCAUCAGAAGGGGACGACAAUAAACUCCCCGCCGAUUCCAAAAAAGUGACUAUGUUGUUUAUCACCAAUUGAACACAGUUAUACCUCUGAAUAGGUUAGGAGGUUAACUCAUUGCUUGUAGGGUACAACUCAGGAAGUGAUAUUCUCCUCAACUAUUUCUGAAUACCGUCCACCAGACUGUUUAAUUUCAUUCAAAUUAUUUAUUUAUUGCCAAGUUUAUACAUAUUUCUAUUUCAUAGAUAUUAAUAUACCAUCGAGCAUUGUUGACAUCUGACUAGAUUCAAUAAACCCGAUCAAGUGCA